AUGGAAUCGAGCAGCAGAGUGAUGGUGCAGGUGUUGUUGUUGGCGAUGGUGGUUCAGGUCACCCUGUCCCAGCACUGGUCCUAUGGAUGGCUACCAGGUGGAAAGAGAAGUGUGGGAGAGCUGGAGGCAACCAUCAGGAUGAUGGGUACAGGAGGAGUGGUGUCUCUUCCUGAAGAGCCGAGUGCCCAGACCCAAGAGAGACUUAGACCAUACAAUGUAAUUAAUGACAAUUACAGUCAUUUUGAGCGAAAGAGAAGGUUCCCCAAUAACUGA